CUCCGACAGGAAGCGAAACAAGGGAAUCCGGAUUUGAACGAUCUUACGUGUCAUUCCCGGAGUUUCAGUCAUUCACGAGUCGCCCGGAGACUUCUGCUGAACAGAACCACAACGCGUCUUCGUCGUCGUCUCUCCACCGAUGAGCUGUGAGUAACCCUGGUAACGGUUGCUAACGCCACAAGCAUGAAGGCUCUGAUCCUGGUCGGGGGUUACGGGACCCGGCUGCGGCCGCUCACGCUGAGCGUCCCCAAACCGCUGGUGGACUUCUGCAACAAACCCAUCCUGCUGCACCAGGUGGAGGCGCUGGUCAAGGCCGGCGUGGACCAUGUGAUUCUGGCGGUGAGCUACAUGUCCGAUCUGCUGGAAAUAGAGAUGAGAGUCCAGGAGGAGAGGCUUGGGAUUCGUAUCUCUCUGUCUCACGAGAAGGAGCCUCUGGGAACCGCGGGCCCUCUGGCGCUGGCUCGAGAGCUGCUGAAGGUCGACAACGAGCCGUUCUUCGUUCUCAACUCGGACGUCAUCUGCGAUUUCCCGUUCAAAGACCUGCUGCAGUUUCACCACAACCACGGCAAAGAGGGGACCAUCGUGGUAACGCGGGUGGAGGAGCCCUCUAAAUACGGCGUGGUGGUGUUUGAGGCCGACAGCGGCAGAAUCCACCGCUUUGUCGAGAAGCCGCAGGUCUUCGUCUCCAACAAGAUCAACGCCGGCAUUUACAUCUUCAAUCCCAGCAUGCUCAGCAGGAUCCAGCUGAGACCGACAUCCAUAGAAAAAGAGAUAUUUCCUGUCAUGGCAGAGGAGGGCCAGCUGUACACCAUGGAGCUACAAGGCUUCUGGAUGGACAUCGGUCAGCCCAAAGACUUCCUGACGGGGAUGUGCAUGUACCUCCAGUCGCUGCGGCAACACGCUCCCGAGAGGCUGCGCACGGGGCCCGGUUUCCUCGGCAACGUCCUGGUGGACCCGACGGCGCAGAUCGGGGAGAACUGCACCGUCGGCCCGAACGUCACCAUCGGCGCCGGCGUGGUGGUGGAGGACGGCGUGAGGAUAAAGCGCUGCACGGUGAUGAAGGGCGCGCGGGUCCGAUCGCACUCCUGGCUGGAGAGCUGCAUCGUGGGGUGGAGCUCCUCCGUGGGCCAGUGGGUGCGGAUGGAGAACGUGACGGUGCUCGGCGAGGACGUGAUCGUGAACGACGAGCUCUACCUGAACGGCGCCAACGUCCUGCCUCACAAAUCCAUCAACGAGUCGGUCCCAGAGCCGCGGAUCAUCAUGUAGCGGCAUCAUGUAGCGGCGGAGCUACAUAUAUACAGACUCGAAUAAACACCCAAACUGUGCCAGAGCGGAGAGGCGAAGCAGACGGGUGGAGGAGAGAGGGGAUGAGAAUGAGAGAAGGGUUGUUUUUUUUGUUUUGUUUUUUAUUCAAUUUGGACUCGUUUUUUUUUUUAGCCCAGCUAAGCUGCAGCAUCCAUCAAUCAAUCAGAAACGAUGACGUGAGGUUUACAUUUGUUUAAACUUCUGUCGGAGCUGCAGGUAAAAACAUAAAAAACGCUAAUGUGCAGAACGUGGUGGAAGGUAAAAUAUAUUGAGAGGUGAAGUCCCGCCCCUUCCGAUUGACCACCGUGGGACCUUUUUUAUUUUUUACCCUAUAAGGGGAAAAAACAACUUGCACAACGAGAGACAAACAUGACGUGUAAAUAAUGGCACAAUUACAGCGGGAUCAAAAGA